CAGGCAGCAUUCACAAUUUCACACUGUAAAACUCUUUCUUGCUCACACCAGUCUUCUUCUUCUUCCUCGCUCUCUCUCUCGUAACCUGCAUUUUCUUCUCGAAUAUUCCUCUGCGAUUCAUAUCUUAGUUCGAUGAUUUUAGCUUCUGGAAAACCUAGAUUUUCCGUACAUUGCAUAGCCAUUGCAUCGACUUCCGCAUACUCGUUUUCGUGUUUUCUAUAUCUCUGAUUUUACGUGCGGUUUUUGUUUUUGGUUGGAUUUUUAGCUUUGAAUCUGUGGAUGGAAGUUUUUCCAUGACAACUCCUCAGUUACAUUGUUAUUGUUUCCCGCUCUGAGAGUGCAUUGUGUAUUGAGCUUGGUUAGGAUAUCUGUAACGUGUACUCAUAUAGGAAAUGGAGCGGAAGCAGGGCUUCUUCUCGGCGUUGAAGGAAUUUCGGGGAUUUUCUCCGGCGAGGUCGCGAGCAGCGAGUCCGGCGAGAAGCGGGUCGCCUAGGUCGGGUCUGCUUUGGAGGAGGAGGAGGAGUAUCAAUAGCAGCAGCCAUUUCGUUUCAAAUCCUGAGCUGUUAGUCUCUAGAUCGGGGAGUCUAAGGCAGCCCGGCGAGACCCUGACGCCGUUGAUGGAGGGUCCGGAUCCGGACGGGGACGUAACCGGGGAACCGAAGCGGGUCGGGUCAGGAAUCGGCCAGUGGGUGAAGGGACAGCUCACGCGAACUCCCUCCGUCGCCUUGAAUAGCUACGGCCGGAGGUCCGAUCUCCGACUGCUACUCGGGGUGAUGGGCGCCCCUCUCGCGCCGGUGCACGUUAGCACGUCCGACCCUCUGCCUCUUCUCAGCAUAAAGGACAUUCCUAUUGAAACUUCGUCUGCUCAGUACAUACUGCAGCAGUACAUUGCGGCUUCUGGAGGGCAGAAGCUCCAGAAUUCAGUUAAGAAUGCUUAUGCCAUGGGAAAGCUUAAGAUGUUGUCUUAUGAGAUUGAAACUCCUACGAAGAUAGUGAAGAGUAGGAAUGGUGCUAGGGCUCCCGAGUCCGGUGGGUUUGUCAUCUGGCAAAUGAAUCCUGACAUGUGGUACAUGGAGCUUGCUAUUGGAGGAAGCAAGAUUCAUGCAGGGUGUAAUGGCAAGAUUGUGUGGCGACAUACUCCAUGGCUUGGUGCUCAUCCUGCAAAAGGACCAGUUAGGCCACUGCGACGAGCCCUUCAGGGUCUGGAUCCAAAAGCAACUGCUACUAUGUUUGCCAAUGCUAGAUGCAUAGGAGAGAAGAAUAUCAAUGGCGAGGACUGCUUCAUCCUCAAGCUCUCUGCUGAUCCUCAGACAUUGAAGGCCAGGAGUGAAGGAUCUGCAGAGAUCAUAAGACAUGUCCUUUUUGGGUACUUCAGCCAGAAGUCUGGGCUCCUCAUACAUAUAGAAGAUUCUCAUCUUACCCGCAUCCAAUCUAAUGGCGAAGAUGCAGUGUAUUGGGAAACAACCAUAAGCUCUUUCCUAGACGAUUACCAUCCUGUUGAAGGAAUCAUGAUUGCUCACUCUGGGCGGUCUACUGUGACACUCUUCCGAUUUGGAGACAUGGCAAUGAGCCAUACCAAGACCAGCAUGGAAGAAGCUUGGACAAUUGAAGAGGUCGCCUUCAACAUUCCAGGCCUAUCAUUAGACUGUUUCAUCCCCCCUGCUGACUUGAGAUCAAGAUCUUUAAACGAAUCAUUUGAACUUCCUCAUAACGAAAGCGAUAAGAAUUCAAUUGCAAUUGCAGCUCACUGUGCCAAGGUUGCCGCGGUGGAGGAAACCUGUGAUGGCAGUGUUGAUAAUGUGAUGUUGAAGGUGAAACUAUAACCUAGUAGGAUCAAUGCUGUUUAUAUUGAUAUUGAUAGACAGGUUCUAAUUGACUAACCAGCAGAAGUUACAAUUAGGAGCAUAGUUGAAUGAGAACUUUAUUAUAAUAUGUAUCUCUGUAAAUAGAGCAUAAUUGUUCACAGACUCUUCCUUCCCUUACCCAAAAUUUUAUACCCUUCACAUAGAAUCAUCAAAGGGAUUGAUUGUAGCACAAGCCUUCUAAGGCCAUAGGAACUUCCAAGUUUAGUUCUGUCUAGUUUACCUUCUGUGACCCAAGAAAGAUGAGACUAUUACCAUUUA